CGCUUCCUUCAUUGACACUACUUUUCUUUCUUUGAUUCCCCUUUUGUUCCUAUAUUUCUUUUUCCUCAGUAUCAAUGACUUCUGCAGGUGUUGAGUACCGUUGCUUUAUCGGUGGACUUGCUUGGACUAUUGACAACGAUGCCCUCGGUGAGGCCUUUGCUCCUUUUGGUGACAUUAUCGAAUCGAAGGUUGUCAAUGAUUGCGAGACCAGAAGGACAAGAUGGUUCGGAUUCGUGACGUUCUCCUCAGAGCAGUCCAUGAGAGAUGCGAUUGACGGCAUGAACGGUCAGAAUCUUGAUGGCCGGAACAUUACACUGAACGAAGCUCAGUCUCGUGGCAGAGGAGGCAGCAGCGGGAGUGGGUACGGCGGCGGGCGUGGUUACAGCCGUGGUGGAGGCGGAUAAGGAAACGGGGGUGGACGCCGCGAGGGUGGAUACGACAGGAACGGGGGAGUCAGAUGGAAGCUGGUGGAAUUAAGUAGAUUGAUCAGUGCAGGGUAUAUAUAGAAUAAUGGAGUUUAGGGUAUUAUUAGAUAGCCCUUUCUGGGUUCUGGGUUAUUUUACUUGGUAUUGAAAGCUGUGGUAUCCGUUAUGGUUCUGUUUCGUGUGAUUUUAAUCUGUCGUUUUUAGCAGUGAAAUUAUGUCAUUGGUUAUUUUGUAAUCAAUGGAUUUAAUAGCCAGGAA